AUGGAUGCAGUCCUCAACUACAACAUUCCUGACAACGCCACAGAUAGCAUCUUUGAUGCACAAGGAGUUGUUGAAGAUGCGAAAGAAAGCUCAGUCAACAUGGAAGACAAAUCUGAGAGCGAGGCAAGUUCAUUCGACAACGGGAUCAAGGCAUGGUUACAAGUUUUUGGGGCCUUCUUCCUCUGGUUCAACUCAUGGGGAAUUAUCAAUGCAUACGGAGCGUUCCAGACCUUUUUUGAGCAACAGUUGCUGGCCGACACUUCGCCUUCGACCAUUGCAUGGGUGGGCUCUGUGCAAUCUGCACUGCUUAUGCUCGUCAGCGUCGUCACCGGGCCCCUAUUCGACGCGGGCUACUUUGCCAUGAUGAUACCGGCGGGGACAUCUCUGCUUGUUUUUGGGUUGAUGAUGAGCAGCAUCUCGACAACAUACUAUCAGAUCAUUCUGGCACAAGGUGUUUGCGUUGGGAUAGGGUCCGGAUUCUUGUUCAUGCCGGCAGUAGCUCUUCUGCCCCAGUAUUUCAAAAGACGAAGAUCAUUGGCGAACGGAAUCGCCGCAUCGGGAAGCAGUAUCGGCGGUGUCAUCUAUCCCAUCAUGUUUCAUAAGCUUCAAGAAGAGGUUGGCUUCCCCUGGGCAACUCGUGUUAUGGCCUUCUUCGUACUCGCAACUUGCUGUCUCUCCAUUGGAUCCAUGCGUCUCAGGUUUCGACUCCAGCAAACACGGACACUAUUCCAGAUGUCUGCGUUCAAGGAGCCCCAGUACGUUCUCUUCUGCCUGGCAUGCUUCCUGGGAUUCCUCGGCUCUUACAACUUUCUGGUCUACAUACAGCCCUUCGCUAUAGAGACUGGAGUCGUUAACGACAGUAUCGGUUUCUAUCUGCUGGCAGUCCUCAACGCGGCCUCAACUUUUGGUCGAGUCAUCCCGAACUUCAUUGCAGAUUACACAGGUAUUCUGAAUAUGCUGAUCCCUUCAGUGAUCUCAUCUACAGUUCUCGCGUACUGUUGGGUGGCCAUUCGGCCCAUGCCCGGUAUCGUCACGUUGUCUGCACUUUAUGGAUUCUUCUCUGGCGGUUUCGCUUCCUUGGUGCCGGUGGGCGUAGUGAGCAUUAGCAAGGACGCUGACAGUAUUGGAGCUCGUCUGGGCAUGUGCUUCGCCAUUGAAUCUAUUGGACUCUUGAUCGGCACACCAAUUGGUGUUGCCAUAUUGAGUAAGACAGGGUCUUAUCUUGGUUUGCAGCUGUUCUGUGGUUCCUGUUUGGCACUUUCCGCUCUCAUUUUUGUGAUUAUUCGGUUCCUGGAAAGCGGCAGGAAGCUUGUAUACAAAUGUUAG